GCCGGUGAGCGCGGCGAGCGUGGUCAGUCCGAGCCCAGCCGGAGUCGAGGAGAGAGGCGUUUGUAGAGGCGCGAUUGCCCCGCUGCCCAGGCACACCAAGGGGGAGCACCCGACCAGCUCACGACCGCCGCGAGUGUGCAAGUGUGUGUACGCGUGUGUGUGUAUGUGAGAGUGCGAGUGCACGGUGUGCGAGGCAGUGCCAGCAAGUCCUCCCGUGGAGUGCUUGUCGUCUGGGAGUGAAGCCCAGCUCAGCCCGACGACAAGAGAAGUUCUUCUCGUUGCAUCGCCGCCCAUCCGUACCGUGCGGGUGGUUUGGGCGAUACUGCUCCUCUCCGGCUCCGACCCCUCGGAGUACAUCAUCUUCAACGACAAGGUUGCCUGACCCCCAGCCGCCACCAUGAUGUUCCCCGUGCUGGCGCAGUUCAAGUUCCUGUACAAGUGGUAUGUCCUCGUCAUCCUGACGCUGGGCUACCUCCUGGCCGAGCUCGGCCACUUCCUGAUCGGUGUAACGAGCAAAGCCACGUCCAGGGAGCUCGGCUACGGCGACUUUGCGUGCCAGUUUAUCAAUGCGACACACUACGGCGUGGGCAACCUCACCUCGUGCGACACUCUCAAGACCCAGGAGGAGUGCGCUGACGAGUCCCACUGCGAGUGGGACCGCAACGGCCUGGGCUACGACUACCAGUGGCUGGCGGGCCCCACCUUCAUCGCCGUCUACACCAUCGUGGGCGUGUUCUUCGGCAUCGCGGCCGACCGGUACAACCGGGUGCGCAUGCUGUGCAUCGCCACGCUCAUCUACGCCGUCUCGGUGAUCGGGACGGGCGCGGCCAAGGCCUACUGGAUGCUCAUCCUGAUGCGCAUGGUGCUGGCGGCGGGCGAGGCGGCCUGCAACCCGCUCAGCACGGGCGUGCUCUCCGACAUCUUCCCGGAGAAGGACCGCGGCCUCGUCAUGUCCGUCUUCAACUGGGGCAUCUUCGGCGGCUACGGCCUGGCGUUCCCCGUCGGUCGCUACGUCACGCCCAUGAACCUGUUCGGAGUGGGCUGGCGGGCGUGCUACUACAUCACGGGCGUGGUCGCCAUCGCCGUGGCCGGCCUCACGGGACUCACGCUGCGCGAGCCGGACCGCGUCGUCAUCGGCGAGGAGAAGAACAAGGAGUCCGACGACUCGACCAUGGACCGCAAGAUGGCCGUGCUGGACGUGGAGAAGAACCACCCGGAGAAGGAGGUGGAGAGCGCGUGGAAGGUGCUGCUGGAGCCGCGCGUCGUGCUGCUGUGCCUCGCGGCCUCCGUCAGACACUGCGGUGGCAUCUGCUUCGCGUACAAUUGCGACCUGUACUACAACCAGUACUUCCCCGGCGUGGACCUAGGCUGGUCGCUCUUCAUCGUGACGUGCCUGGUGGGCAGCAUCGGAGUCAUGCUUGGCGGCGUCAUCUCUGACCGUUUCGUGCUGUACAUGGGGGUGCGCGGUCGCCUGCUCGUGCUCGCCCUCAGCCAGUUGAUUGCUACCCCAUUCGCUUUUGGAAGUGUGUACUUUGACCCCCUUUGGGCCAUGAUCACUCUUGGCAUUGCCUACCUCUUCGCUGAGAUGUGGUUUGGAAUUCUCUUUGCUACUCUUGUGGAAGUGGUCCCUAUGUCUGUCCGCUCAACUACUGUUGGAGUUUUCCUGUUUGUCAUGAACAACAUUGGAGGAAACCUUCCUGUUCUUGUUGAGCCUGUCAGCAAAACUCUGGGAUACCGUGAGGCUUUGUACAUAUUCUACGUAGGAUUCCAAUUUAUCAGCUCUAUCAUGUUCUUCGGAACUAUGUUCCUCAUGCCAAAAAAACACAGCAAAGAAGAAAUUUCCAUGCAGGCGCCUCCUUCUAAUGGUGUUGUCAGCUCAGUUUCAGCAAAUGUUGAGUCUGUCCGAUUGUAAUAAUUUUCAACAUGCCAUCAGUCAACACCAAAGAGGACCAGGAUAUAAGCCUGGGAAAAUCGCCAUAUAUAUACAAAUUUUAUCUACUGACUAAAGUUAAAAAUCCUGACAAAAAAAUAAUAACUACUUCAGAGAAAUUAUUGUUUUCGCUAUAUUUAGAUUUGAAGACUAGUAUUUCGACAACAUUAUGGUUCCACUUAUUAAUGGAAAUUCAUUCUUAAAAUAGACCCACUGCGGUUUGAAUUUUGCACUGCUGCCUGGACAACUAAAUGUAUUGUCAAAAUGCCAAUGUCAAUUUGACUGUUAUUGUAAUGAUAGUAAAAUUAUUUUUCCCCCAACUUUUCCUGGUAUGAGUGACUUUAUCAUAUUCAUUUGUAUUGUACCAUUUUCAUCCAUAUCUCAUUACCUUUAAUUGUAGGCCUAGUUGCUAUUGUAUGUGAUUGCAUACGGCAUUAGAUGUUCAUGUCUUCAAUUCAUAAUUUAUUUUGUAGAAUGGAUUUAUUGAUGACUUAUUUUCUUGCUGCCUAUGAUUUCUAUGUAGUUACAUGAAGGUACGUGUGUUUUACUUAUGUCACCAAUUCUGAGAAGAAAUACUCGAUUAUUUCAAAACAAUCCCUUCAUGGUAAACUCAUUCAUGUCUGUGUGAUUUAAUUGCUUGCGAUCAACUUUGGCCCAGCAUUUGUUGAAAAAAAUGUUUAAGUGAAUUUCAUGCUAUAUUGAAAUUGGAAUCAUGAGAUGCAAUUAUCCAUGUUUAAAAAUUAUGAAGAAUUUUGUGAUAGAGCUGUAGAUUGAAAGAAAUGUUUGUGUUAUUUAUCAUUAUCAUAAUUCUUUUAUAGUUAUAAUGUCUUAUGAGCAUUGUUAAGUAAGACUACAUGUGAUAUGACAUACAAUGGAAUACACUGCUCAGGAGUUGAGUUGGUGUCCCAUGACUAGUGUUAAGACCCUAUGCAUUAGGUAUCAAAAUUAAGUUGUAAAUAAAGAAUUACAAAUUUA